AUGGCACUCCGCGAAUUCAAGGCUCCGGUCGAGUACGAAACUCAGCAAGCUGGCUUUGAGGAGUUUCUCAAGGGCUUCAAAACGUCUCCCGAGCACACCAUUGCUACCGCAAUGGGAGACAUAACAAUCGAUGAAGAUGACUUGACCGAUGAGGACGACUUGAUGGACCAAGAUGAUGACGAAGCAAGCCGCCGCCGGCGAGAGCAAAACAAGCGCCCACGAACUUCCCAGUACAAAUACAAAGAACUCCUGCAAAACCUGGCUGAUAGGUCAAUUGACGAACUCACCGUUGAUUUGGAUGACCUUGCCACUUGGGAAAGCCAAAGUGACGAGCCGUUACACUUGCUGGAUAGCCUCGAGAUGAACACGAAGCACUAUGUUGAAAUCCUUUCCAGAGCCGUCGACAACUCCAUGCCACAGCCUAGCACGGAUGUCAACUUCAAGGAUGAUGUGCUUGACGUUCUCAUGGCCCGUCGACAGGCUCGCAAUCGCGAACUGCAAGAAGCUGCGGAGCGAGAUCCCACCCUGGAAGAAGACAUGUUCCCCGCCGAGCUGGUACGACGCUACACCCUCGUUUUCAAACCCAGGACCGGCACAGCAGACAAGCCCGCCAAGGCGUUGGCCGUGCGUGAAGUCCGAGGCGAGCAUUUGGGCAGACUCAUCACCGUUAGAGCCAUCGCAACUCGCGUCUCCGACGUGAAGCCGAUUGUGCAAGUCAGCGCCUACACCUGCGAUCGCUGUGGAUGCGAGAUAUUCCAACCCGUCACCGAUAGGCAAUACGGGCCUUUGACCUACUGCCCUUCUGCUGAUUGCAAAGCGAACCAGUCCCAGGGUCAGCUAAACCCCUCCACGAGAGCGUCCAAAUUCUUGCCAUACCAGGAGGUCAAAGUCCAGGAACUGGCGGAGCAGGUGCCCAUCGGCCAGAUUCCUCGGUCGUUGACCAUCUUGUGCCACGGAAGCCUGGUGCGGAGAAUCAACCCGGGUGAUGUUGUGGACAUCUCGGGCAUCUUUCUGCCAACUCCCUAUACCGGAUUCAAGGCCCUGAAAGCUGGCCUUCUCACCGACACAUAUCUGGAAGCCCACCAUGUCCGUCAGCACAAAAAGGCUUACAGCGAAAUGAUUGUGGACCCACGAUUGGUGCGUCGCAUUGACAAGUAUCGACAGACUGGUCAGGUCUACGAGUUGCUCGCCAAGUCCAUCGCGCCAGAAAUCUACGGCCAUUUGGAUGUCAAGAAGGCUCUGUUGCUGCUGCUCAUCGGCGGCGUCUCCAAGGCCAUGGGCGAUGGGAUGAAGAUCCGUGGAGACCUCAACAUAUGCUUGAUGGGUGACCCCGGGGUCGCCAAAUCCCAGUUGCUCAAGUACAUUUCCAAGGUAGCUCCUCGAGGCGUCUACACCUCGGGCCGUGGAAGCAGUGGUGUCGGGCUGACCGCUGCCGUCAUGCGUGACCCCGUUACCGAUGAAAUGGUCCUCGAAGGUGGUGCACUUGUCUUGGCCGACAACGGCAUCUGUUGCAUCGACGAGUUUGACAAGAUGGACGACACAGACAGGACCGCCAUCCAUGAGGUCAUGGAACAGCAGACCAUCUCCAUUUCCAAAGCUGGCAUAUCCACCACCCUCAACGCUCGCACGUCCAUCCUGGCAGCCGCGAACCCUGUAUACGGGCGAUACAACCCUCGAAUCUCGCCCGUCGAAAACAUCAAUCUUCCCGCGGCCCUGCUGUCUCGAUUUGACGUCCUCUUCCUUCUUCUCGAUACUCCGUCUCGCGAAGCGGACGAGCAGCUAGCCAAGCACGUUGCGUUCGUGCACAUGAACAACCGCCACCCAGACAUUGGCACGGACAAUGUAGUUUUCACGCCGCACGAGGUCCGCUCAUACGUCGCGCAGGCGCGAACGUACCGUCCCAUAGUCCCAGAGUCCGUCUCGGACUACAUGAUCAGGACCUACGUUCGCCUCCGAGACCAGCAACAGCGGGCGGAAAAGAAGGGCAAGCAGUUCACGCACACCACCCCCAGGACUCUGCUCGGCGUGGUCCGUCUGGCGCAGGCUCUCGCCCGUCUUCGUUUCAGCAACCAGGUCUCUCAGGACGAUGUCGACGAGGCGCUGCGCCUCAUGGAAGCCAGUAAAGAGAAUCUCAAUGCCGAGGUCGGCAAUGGUCGCCGCGCCCUCAACGCGAGCAGCAGGAUAUACAACCUCGUCAAGGCCCUUGCCGACUCGGGUGCUUGCCGCGCCGAUGGUGCUGAGGAUGACGACCUAGGGGUUGAGCUGAGCAUGCGCAAGGUCAAGGAGCGCGUGAUUGCCAAGGGAUUCACCGAGGAUCAGUGGCUCAGCGCAUUGGAGGAAUACACGACAUUAGAUGUUUGGCAAACCACUGGCAACGGCGCGAGGUUGAUAUUUGUUACAGGGGGCAAUGAUGACGAGGAUGACAUGGACGGCUGA